AGGCCGGAAGUGGGCGUUGCCGGGGCCUGGCUGUGAGGCGAAGUCGGUGGUGGGGAGAGCUUCUGGACUGAGCACUUGAACAGGACUCCUUUGCCAUCAGCAUGGAAGACACUUACAUCGACUCCCUAGACCCUGAAAAGUUAUUACAGUGCCCCUAUGAUAAAAAUCACCAGAUCAGGGCCUGCAGGUUUCCUUAUCAUCUUAUCAAGUGCAGAAAGAAUCAUCCUGAUGUAGCAAACAAAUUAGCUACUUGUCCCUUCAAUGCUCGGCACCAGGUUCCCCGGGCUGAGAUCAGUCAUCACAUCUCGAGCUGUGAUGACAAGAGCUGUAUUGAACAGGAUGUGGUCAACCAAACCAGGAACCUUGGACAAGAGACUCUGGCUGAGAGCACAUGGCAGUGCCCUCCUUGUGAUGAAGACUGGGAUAAAGACUUGUGGGAACAGACUAGCACCCCAUUUGUCUGGGGCACAGCCAGUUUCUGUGGUAACAACAGUCCUGCAAAUAACAUAGUUAUGGAACAUAAGAGUAACCUUGCUUCAGGCAUGAGAGUUCCCAAGUCUCUGCCCUAUGUUCUGCCAUGGAAAAACAAUGGAAAUGCACAGUAACUGAACAUCUUUUUCAAAUGCCAGACUGUGGAAGACUCUUGCUUAUUCCUGCUACCAAGGGUUCUUCUUUUUUCUCUUUAUCUAAUUAUAGAACAGUAAACUGUCUGACUUUCAAA